AAGCGGAGAAAAUACAACAUUUUCUACAUCCGAAGUCGAUGUGGUGAGCCAGACCACGUCUCCAUCGGAGUAAACUUUCAGACUCAAUCUCUCUCCUUUCAUUUCUUUCCGACGAAGCAAUUUUCCCCAUUUUUCUCUCUGCAAUUUCCUCUUUCGUUCCUUGCCUUUUCUGGUGUUGCAUUUAGGGACGGCGAAAGAGGUGAAUUCCAAAGAUGAGUGCCAGAGGGUUAAUAUAUAGCUUUGUUGCAAAAGGACAUGUUGUUUUGGCAGAACACACAUCUUUCUCCGGGAAUUUUAGUACCAUUGCCGUUCAGUGCUUGCAGAAGCUGCCCUCGAAUAGCAGCAAACACACGUAUUCGUGUGAUGGAUACACCCUCAACUUCCUUAUUGACAAUGCAUUCGUUUUUCUUGUUGUUGCAGACGAAUCAGCUGGGAGGAGUGUCCCUUUUGUGUUUCUUGAACGAGUAAAGGAUGAUUUUAGACAGCGAUAUGGUACGAGCAUUAAAGAUGAAGGGCCACAUCCUCUUGCUGAUGAUGACGACGACGAUGACUUGUUCGAAGACCGAUUUAGCAUUGCCUACAAUCUUGAUAGAGAGUUUGGGCCAAAAUUGAAGGAGCACAUGCAGUAUUGCAUGGAACAUCCAGAAGAAAUGAGCAAGCUUUCUAAAUUGAAGGCUCAAAUCACUGAGGUCAAGGGUAUUAUGAUGGACAAUAUUGAGAAGGUUUUGGACCGCGGCGAAAGAAUUGAACUUCUAGUGGACAAGACAGAAAACUUACAAUUCCAGGCUGACAGCUUCCAAAGGCAAGGAAGGCAACUGCGCCGAAAAAUGUGGCUGCAAAACCUCCAAAUGAAGCUGAUGAUUGCAGGAGCAGUAAUCGUAUUGAUCGUGAUACUGUGGCUUAUUGCAUGUGGAGGUUUCAAAUGUUGAUGAUUGCUUGACAAAGCAAAAUGCUGGAACUUUAGAGUAUGUUUUUAGCUGGUUUCCUUUACUUGGAUGUACAAAGCGUUUCUUGUCAUGUACAUUGAGACUCUGGAGUCUUUGCCAAAGUCUAGAAACACAGAACAUGUAAUUAUAAAAAAAAAAAAAAAAAGACACUAGUACAACACUACUUUUUCUUGGCCUUUUUUUGUUUGUUGUUAUGUGCUCUUGUUUUUAAUUCCAAUGAUAAUUGGCUUGGCCUUGCCAAACUCUUGAGCUGUUUCUCAUCUUUGGCAUAAGCGAAUAAAUGUUUCUUCACCUUUA